CGCACCGGAGCGCUCCUGGGGGCCGGCGGGGAGUGGUGCUCCGCAGCCACGGACUGGGUGCGCUCCUACUGCCUCAGCACUGGCCAGCACGGCUACCGCUACCUGGCCGAGAACGGCCUGCGCCUCUCCGAGAGGGGAUUGUGGCUGGCUGUAAUAGUAGCGUCGACGGCGAUGUCGGCCUAUAUCAUAGGCAUCACGUGGAGUCUGUACGAAGGCAACCCAACCCUCACGGUCAUAGAGGACAGCCAUUACAACACAUGGAACUUCCCCUUUCCUGCCGUCACUAUCUGCGGCAUCAAUCAGUUGGAUCGUGACAAAAGCGCGGAGUUUGUCCAGAAAUUGACCGUUUUGAAUGGAAUGAGCAGAGAGGAAAUAUUUGAGGAUUUGCGUUUACUUCCCACAUUCUUUGACCUCGAUGCCGAUGAAGACCUUGACCACAAUUACACACGACUUCAGAAAGUACUGGAUGCCAACAACAUCACCGUCAAACAAGUGAUGAAAGAGAUUUCGCCCAACUGUGAGGAUAUGGUUUACCGUUGUAUGUGGAAAGGUCGUGAACUAUUGUCAUGUAAGAAAACCUUCAAAGACCUUAAAACGUUUGAAGGCUAUUGUUGUACCUUUAACUACGUGGCGUAUCCAGAAGCGGAGCUCAAACGUCUUAACAUUGACACGACACCAAAACGCGUAUCGGCGUGUGGGAAAACAACGGGAUUAUCUAUCAUUCUCAGGAACCAGCUGGAUCAGUACUUCGAUACUUUUCUAGCAUCUUACGGUUUUAAGGUGAUGAUCCACAGCGAGCUCAACUACCCGGACGAGAACGCGAUGGAGGUGCUGGUGCCGCCGGGCACGCAGACGUUCGUGGGCGUGUCCCCGACGGAGACGUACGCCACGAACGAGGUCCGCGACAUCCCCGUGGAGCGGCGCCACUGCCGCUUCGAGGACGAGGGCAGGGUGGAGGGCAUGCGCAAGUACACCUUCAACAACUGCGUCAUGGAGUGCCGCAAGAACCUGUCGCUGCAGCUGUGCGGCUGCUACGCCUUCUUCUACCCCGGUGCGGAAUCGACAAAGAUAUGCAACAUGACUCAACUGUUAUGCCUUUCAAGAAAUAGAAAGCGUCUGGCGGCGUUGGUGGAGGUGGACUUCUCCAUGGAGACGAGCGACUUCCGGGUCCUGCCGAGUCCAUGCGGUUGUCUGCCGGAGUGCGUGAUGACGCGCUACCGCAUCCAGACCACGUCCAUCCCCUUCAAGCCGCACCUGCGCAAGGACCUCGAAACCAAGUUCUAUUCGAAUUUGGAUCCCCACAACCACACAGUGCUGCACGUCUUUUUCACGGAUGUGGUGGGCACCCGUUAUCGCAUGAGCCCCUUCCUCGGAUGGCUCGACUUGCUAGCGUCCGUGGGCGGCAUCCUCAGCCUGAUGCUGGGCUUCAGCAUGGUGUGCGGCUUCGAGAUGGUGUACUACUUCUCGCUGCGCGUGCUGGGGGAGCUGCUGGUGCGGGCGAAGCGACGGCGCGCAGUGGGCGGCCCCGAUCGAUCCGCAGACGACUUCUACGGCCGGGGCGCUGGGGGUGGCGUGACCUACGCGAGCGCGGUCGCGAACGUGGUCGGGGACGAAGGAGCGGCGCCCGCUUCAGUGGCGCCCCUGGCGGCGGCGCCCCUACAACCGGCGAUAGCCCGCGACGCCCACUGGCGCACGGUGUACCCGCCGGCCAUCGACACGGGCAUCGCGCGCGACUUCCUGCGUCCGCCCGCGGGCCACGAGCCUCGCGCGGACGUCGCGGACCACGCGCCCGGCGGGCCACUCGCGCAGCAGUCCCUGCCCAUGCGCCGACGCCGCUUCUGA